AGUGGUCCUGUACAGUGGAUAUAUUUUCUAUGUGUAAUGGGCAGUCAGUAUUCAGAUUCCUCAGUUUGAAUGUGUUGAUUAAACUCAAACAUGACAGUGGAAAGGGUGAAUGUAUGAAAAUUCACUUUCGGUCCCUCAGACUAAUAAUUAUUUAUCGACUGUAAGGGGUCAUGGAUGCCCUGAACAUUCUUCCCCUAUUUUGUUUCCUCACCCCCUCCCAACACAUCGUUCCUUUUAUGCUCUAAUAAUAGGGAGUUCCUGGCAUCAGCUGCUCCCUGUUGUAAGCUGUUCUGGGGCAGGUCUGUUAUGCACGUCUGACUGGCAGGGGUCUCAGAAGUGUGGGGUCAGUUCCAAACAGCUGUACACAACCAGCUUGUACAAGUCAAAUGAAAUAUAUUUCCACAAUUACAAAAUUACAAUUGUAUUUGGUUGAACAAUGUCACCCGUGGUGCAUAGAAUUUCUGUCCUUUUCUUGGUUUUCUUUUUGGACUCUCCAUUGAUUUAUACCGCAGUUGCCCACAGUUACAGGACAUGUACUGUACCAGGAUCACUUGGUUGUUGUGUUCCAGCCAUUUUAUGUACAUUGCAUGUGUGUGUUUCAUUCAUAAACAAGAACUUAGGUUGUACUGAAUAGACCACGUGAUGAGCCGCAGCUGUUGGCUUUAUGAUUUCCCUGAACAGAAGAGGGGGCAGUGCUUUGACUGAUCCCAUUUGCGGAUCUCCUCCUGCAGAAUUAGGCUAGCUUGGUUUUUGGCGAUGGUUGCAAGGCAUCAUGGGAGCCUGGAGCUUAAGUAGGGUGGUUAACAGCGGGAGUAUAAAACCAGGCCUUCAGCUCAGUCCCAGAUAAGUCUCCGAGGAGAGCUGAAGGAGUAGGAUCUUUACUGAAGCACAGUAAACCCACAGCUGCAAGCAAAAACAUGGUGCUGGAAGACUCUGAAGUGGACUCUGUCUUUGGAAUUGAAGUGUCUGAGCACGAUGUGGAGACCCAGCACGGCAAGCUCCACUGCACUAUGAAAGGGGUCCCGAAAGGGAACCGGCCAGUCAUCCUUACCUUCCACGACAUCGGACUCAACCACAAAUCCUGCUUCAACUCCCUCUUCAAUCAUGAGGACAUGCAGGAGAUCAUGCGUCACUUUGCAGUGUGCCAUGUGGAUGCGCCAGGGCAGCAGGAGGGGGCCACCACCCUCUCCACAGGGUACAACUACCCCUCCAUGGACGAGCUGUCUGAGUCUCUUGUGUCUGUGCUCAAGCAUUUCGGCCUGAGCAGUAUCAUUGGGAUUGCCGUUGGUGCUGGGGCCUACAUACUGGCUAAAUUUGCACUGGACCAUCCGGACCUGGUGGAGGGCCUGGUUCUGAUCAACAUUAACGCCUGUGCAGAGGGCUGGAUGGACUGGGCUGCAUUCAAGAUCACCGGCUGGGCCCAAGCAUUGCCUGACAUGGUCAUCACACACCUGUUUGGAAAGGAAGAAAUACAAAACAACCACGAUCAUAUCCAAACGUUCCGUCACCACAUCACCACCAGUAUGAACCAGACCAACCUGCAGCACUUCGUCAGGUCCUACAACAGUCGCAGGGAUCUGGAGAUCGAACGGCCAGUCCAGGGUGGAAAUGUUAACGUGAAAAGUCUGCAAUGCCAUGCUCUUCUGGUGGUAGGAGACAGCUCACCUGCAGUCGAUGCAGUGGUGGACUGCAAUUCCAAACUGAACCCCACAAAAACUACACUGCUCAAGAUGGCAGACUGUGGAGGCUUGCCACAGGUGGAUCAGCCUGGAAAACUGACAGAGGCCUUCAAGUACUUCAUCCAGGGCAUGGGCUACAUGCCGGCCGCCAGUAUGACCAGACUGGUGCGCUCCCGCACGGCGUCCGGCUCCAGCAUCGCGUCCAACGGAAACCGCAGCCGCUCCCACACCUACGAGGGCAACAGGAGCCACGCCCACCCCGGAGACGGCCAGCGGGGCCGCUCCCACACGGACGUCUCCAUGGAGAGCGCCGGCAACCUCACCAUCGACCAGGCCAUGAGGCCCGGCGAGGUGUCCUGCUAAAGCCCCGCCCACCAGCUCUCCCCGCCUGAACUGACCGACUGUGGAUGACAAACCCAGGACGCUCCGAUUGUGAGAUUCCCCCUCCUCUCCCCUAUCUAACACAAUGGAAGAGGCCCGCGUCAUCACAAGGUUAAUUAUAUGAAUUUAGACUCUGUAUAUAUACACGUAAUACUAAAGAGCUUGAAAACAACACUGCAUGUCCCCCUCCUGCAAGAGCAGUCCUGGCAUAGAUGAGGUUGAGGAGUGGAAAGCAGUACAGGCUGGAGAGCUCUCCCUUUCAGUAAAACUUGCUUCUCUGCUUUUCUACUUUGUCUGCUUGUUUCAGUGUUCACUGUUGGCAUUCCUUUGCUUUCUCUGCUUCUGAACAAACUCGUCAUUUAAAAAUGUUUAUUCUGACAGUCUGCCACUUUUUCAGCAGUACGGUUGUGUACAGAGUGUGUGAUAUGAGCAGCCUGAUGGAUUUUAAGUGUGCUUAGAAAAUUCUAAAUAACGGCAACUGCUUCUCAUUAAACUCACAGGAUUGAAGUAGUUAUGAGAUUUUAAAUGUAAUAAAUAUGGGACUAUGAUAACAUAUGCUCUAGGUUGCUGUUAACAUCGGUUGUAAACCUGAUGCUUUUUAGAUCAGUAAUUUACCUUACUGAACUGAUUAUACUCAUUGUAUCUGAGUUAUUAAAAAAAAGUUAUUUAAUUUUUCAAUAAAGCUUAUUGUCUAUCAGAAGUAACAUAACAGUAUUGUUAAACUUGCAAUUGUGUUCUAAUUGCAAAUUAUAGUAUCUACUUGUGGCAAUACUAAUGAUUAUAUUACUUCCGGCAAUGUUUUUUGUUGAGCUAUUGUUGUAAAUCUUGGUUUUCUAUACUAUACAUUACAGCAGGACAAAAAGUGCCAUUGUUCUGUAACUUAUAUGUGCAUUUAUGUCCCUCUGCACUAUUUUAACAGAGCUAACUAAACCAACGAUCAUACAGAAACUGGGGUUUUCUGAAUAUUAAUUCAUUUACUUAUUGCUUUUUAACUUGCACUACUGGAAAAUUGCUCUGUAAAGAUACAGAUUCCCCUUUACUGGAAAAAAAUAAAAUGGGUAACUUCCUCCAGAAUUUG